ACAGUGUAGGCAACUUCACGGCGGUGUCAGUGGAAGAAAUUUCGUGCAUUGAUAAGAGGGAAUUACUUCAUUCGCAAGGCCAUAUAUGUGUAUGUAUGCGUGGUACAUGGUGUGUGUACAUGUGUGUGGCUUGCAGUGUGCGUGGUGCGUAUGUAGCUAGAAGUCUUUGUAGACGUCGCGUGAAUAUGUGUGGUGUCAAACUAACCAUGCCAAGACGUAUUAGUUCUCAUUAACUGUCGUAAGAAUUUAGGCUCGCCGACACGGUUGAAAGAUGGUUUCGAUCAUCAAAAAUCAACUGCUGAAACACCUAUCGAGGUUUACCAAGAACUUAUCUGCUGAUAAGAUAAACCUGAGCACUUUCAAAGGUGAAGGAGAGCUAUCAAACUUAGAACUCGAUGAAAUAGUCCUCACAGAACUACUAGAGCUGCCAUCAUGGUUAAGACUAACCAAUGCUUGGUGCAAUAAAGUUUCAUUUCGCAUACAAUGGACCAAACUAAAAAGUGUUCCUAUCUUUUUGAGUUUGGAUGAGGUUCAUAUAGAUGUAGAAACAUGUGAGGAUUUGAGAAGCAUGUCUUCCCCACAAGGAAUAUCAUCAUAUGCUGGUCCUGCAAAAUAUUCUUUUAUACAUAAAGUAAUUGAUGGAAUAACAGUAGCUGUUAAUACUGUACUGGUUACAUUUAAAAGUCCUGCAUUUAUUGCCUCAGUCCAGAUGAACCGGAUUAUGGUAGAAUCCAAAUCAGCAACAUGGCAGCGCUGUGAUCUCAGAACCACUAGAGUAAAGGAUCCUGAUCGAGGGCAGUUACUUAUCUUUAAAGAGUUGGAAUGGCAAACUGUUAGAAUAGAAGCUCAAAGUACUAAGGAUCAAAAUCUGACACCACUUCGUUUACUUACGAAUCAAGCAAGAUGUCGUAUUACAAUCAAGAAGAGAAUAUCAGAUUGUUUUGUUAUGGGCUCUAGAUUAGUAAUUAUUUUGGAUGAUCUUUUAUGGGUAUUAACUGAUUCACAACUAAAAGCUGCACUUCAUUUUCUUGACUCUUUGGGUGGCCUUAUCGAGAAAGCUACCAUUCUUGAACGAAAAACAAAAGCUGCGAGAAAAUUGGAGGUUUUACCAGAAUAUCAGGCACAAAUAUCUCAACAAAGUAGAACGAAGAAUCAAUACAACACAGCAAUAUCAAAAAUAUUUACGAGAUAUGAUGUUGUAGAGACAUCAUAUCAUUUUCUUUCGCAACGUAUCGAUCUUCAUUUAUGUGAUGAUGCGGGUGGAGGCAGAUCAUUACAUCCUGAUUUGAAGGAUGGUGGUGCAUUACAAAUUUCACUAGUUAGAUUUCAAAUCGAUUAUUAUCCAUAUCAUUUGGCAAUGGCGGAUAGGAAACAUUGGGCCAAAUAUAGAGAAAAUGCCACACCUCAUAAUCAAUGGUUACAACAAUCAUUAACUUCGUUUCGAAGUCAGUUUAUGGAUCUCAUAGAUUCUGGUAGAACGCAACAUUCUCCUUUAACAAGGAGUCAAGGAAAUGUGACAGGUAGCGGUAUGAAAGGCUCCAGAGAGCAUUUGGAGAAGAGUAAUCAACCACAAAAUCCAAAUGUAACACCAUCUGAACAAAAGAAGUCUCAACAUCCUAGUGGUAAUCCAGUAAAGAAUUAUGUCUUAGAGCAACUUGCUAAGUUAAUGACAACGUGUAUUAUUAUCAGAAUUGAUGAUUUUACCUUGUACAAAGUGACAACGACUUCGCGGAAUCCAAUGCCAAAAGAAUUUAUUGCAGCUCAAACCAGGAAAAAACAUAUGCCAGGCGAUCGUGACAGAUUCAGUCUUCCAGAAGACGUAACAAUACUUCAUGCUGAGUUUACUUAUUAUUAUUAUCCGGGAGAUAUUACCUUUCCCUUGCCGCCGCCCAAAUUUUAUGUACAGCUUAAUCCCAUUCAAGUAAACUUUGAUGUCUGCUCGUGUCUUUGGUUUAAUUCUUUUGCAUUGAAUCUUUAUCAUUCUCUUAUGGAAAAAGACAAACAACUAAGUUCUUCGCAUUUAAUGUAUUUUGAUGUAAAGAUAGAGGCUAUACUUCCAAGAAUAGUUUUUGAAAGUCAGCAGGAUUACCCAAAUCAAAAAGAUAGGCCCAAGUCUUUACAUAUCCAAACUUCCAGAGCAUCUAUAACGAAUGUUCGAUCAACAGAAAGGUCUUCGAGAGCGGAUUUGGCACAGUGUCUGAAUGCAUUUCAAAUGGGGCAAAUGUUUUUUGGUGCAGAAUUCCCUAGUAAAUCAGGAGAUUUUCAUGUAGUAACAGAUAAAUUUUUAGCGCAUUGUGCAGGCACUGAUAACAUUAGACAAAUACCACCUAAUUUCAGUAGCAAUUCUGUAAAUGAGUUGCUUCGUCAGUUGAAUAGGGAACUUCUAUGGACAGAGGCGAAGGAUGUAUGGUGCUGUAACUUUGAACCUGUUUGGGGAGAUUUUUUCGGAGCGCGCGCCGUCGGUCAAAAUCGGCCUGUACCGUUUUUAGAUGCAUUUCCUUUAACAUUAUGGUGUCAUUUCACCGCAGACUCGUUAUCGGCUAAAGAAAAGCCUUCAGCCGCCGAUAUUCACGGACUGGCAUAUAUAAGCAAUCUAGUUAGCGUACAGAUAAAUCAUUACCAAUAUUUGUUCUUACUCAGAUUAUCGGAGAUACUCUCCGAGAUGGCAACGUAUUUGGCUGUGGAUUCGAAUAAGAUUUUGAAAGUCGAGAGCGGUGGAUCGUUGAUUAUAGGCGCGUUGAUACCACAGGUGGAGGUGACAUUUGUGAUGCCAUCGCAUACACCUGGUAAAGAGAAUUCUGGCGGUGAUUUAGAAUCUGUUGUGCCUGAUUCAUCCAGCAUAGCGGACGAUUUCGUCGGUUCGUCCACGAUCUGGCACACCAACACGGUGAGCACGCGUGUUGAUUUUAGCGCUAAGAGAAUGAAUACAAGCAACGAUGUAGAGACACCUCAAAGCGAAGCGUCGUCGAUGCUAUCGAUGGAAUACUCGCAUUCCGCUCCAACGCAACCGGUCGUCACUUUCAAGCAAAACGGUACCAAGAAAGGCGACCAGGAAGGUCCAACAAAUGCAAUGUGGUGCAUUCCCGAGAGUUCCGGGCCGCAAUAUGUUAUUGGCAAUACAAGCGACGAAAAGAAACAUACAUCGGAAACUACACACAAACACAGCAAAUCGGAUUCGAAUACGCCCUUUAUUCCAAAUAAUUUUAAUGUUAAUCUCUCAUCUAUGAAAAAAGGAUUCAGCAAUCUAAUGACGUCGAUCGAUUCGGCCCUGAAGGCCUCUCCGGAAGAUGGUAGUAGCGACACAGUGUCUAUGAGAAGCGACGUUAGCUCGGACAGCGAGAAUUACGUUUUGGUAAGCCUCCAAGAUCAAGGCAAGAUUGAUGCAGUAUUUGGUAUCGACAAUUCGAUUAGAAUAACAGCAGUGGAAGAGGCUACUGAAGUCGUGGAAGAAACACCCGAUACGCAAAGUGAAAAAUCUAUGGAUAGUGUAUGCAAAAGGAAGGAUAUAGUUUCUAUGGCAACAUUCAAGCUAUCAAAAGUCGAAUUUAUACAACAAUCUUGUGAUUAUGCUUCUGUUAUUAAGAUUCAAGUUUCAAACAUUGACAAUGAUGAGUGUUCCUCUAUUCCUUGGGAUGAAUUUCAAGUCAAGAGAAAGACCAAAUUCAGUUCGCGAUCUCGAGGUUGGAUAGAAUUGCCGUCCGAUUCUGACUGCAGAUCACGUAUUAAGUUACGUUUGGAUCAUAGUUUGAAAAAUCCAGAGGAUUACCGUAGAUUAUCGGAUGCCAGUCAAAAAGACACAAGUGGCAAUAGAUCAGUUCCUCAAAAUCGCGUUAGAUUGCCUGAGCAAGACACGUUGCGUACAUCCAGCAUCAAUGUGCAUGACAAAGAAAGCGUUAUAAAUUUAUUCGAGGACAAAUUAGAAAUGAAAGUUGCUAAUGUAGAAAUGGCACUGUCGAUGAGCUCAAUCACGGGUUUAGCGGAUUUGGCAGAGGAUGAGAUCAUACCUAAACCAAUUCCUAUGCAGAUAUACUUAGAAAAUAUAUCAUUACGUUUAAAUGAAGAUCGUCCGCCAAAUAACAUAACUUCUCCCGGCCCAAUCCCGAUAGAUUUGAAUAUUUCCAAACUCAGGAUAGCACGGGACACGAGCGGCGUAUUUCAUAUCGAACCCGUUGUAACUACAAUAGAUGAAACUCACUCGAACUUGACAUCGAGUGAUAAUAGUCAUAUGCUUAAGAAUGUGGAGUGCGAGAAGGAAUUGAAAGCUCUAAGACAAUCUAGUAAGCAAUUGAAAUUGGAUAACGAGGAAUUGAAACGUCGUAUGGGAGCUCUAGAAAGAUUAUCAGAAGAAAACGCAAGAUUAAUGCGUGCGAAAGAAGAAUCGGAUAUAAUAAAGUCUCGUUUGAGCGCUGCGGAAGAUGAUAUUGCGAGUCUUCUAGAAGAAAAGAGGCUCCUACACGAAACUAUUUCGGAGCUACGAAAUCAAAGACUGGAAGGUGGUCCUGGAGGUAGUAAUAGAGCUUCAUGGUCUAUUAAAAGAUAGCACACCAGUUGUUUUGAUUGCUCCAAAUGUUGCAGUUCUAAUAAAUCUUAGUUAUAUUUUUAU